AUGCCCCAGUCCAUUGUUUUUGACAACGGACCACAGUUUGAAACACCCAAGCUCCGUCAAUGGUUGGUCGAUCAAGGAAUCAGGGCCCACUUUGCUGCAGUUGCUCAUCCACAAGCUAAUGGGCAGGUUGAAGCUUUUAAUAAGAUCUUAUCGGCCGAAAUCAAAAAGAAGUUGGAUAAUGCAAGAGGGUUAUGGGUUGAAGAAUUACAGUUGGUUUUAUGGUCAAUUAGAACAACGGCCAAGAACUCAACUGGAGAAACCCAAUUCAUGCUAGUCUAUGGCUCAGAGGUCAUUCUCCCCAUUGAAGUUGAGGAACCAACUCUGUGA